CAAUCACAUUGACAGAAAAAAGCCUGGCAACAAUGUAUAAUCAAAUAUUUAUGAAUGAUUGAGAGAUUUAUAAGACACAUCAGGCAUGCACAUACUGGCAACUACAUAAAUCACUGAGCCUUUUACUUUGUUUGACUCUGGCAUGCAUUAAUCAUGACCAGUCAUGAGCACUUAUACCAAAGCAUUUAUGAUUUACAUUAUACAAUAAAUACUUUGUCACAAGAUCAAGUUCGCAUUCUAACACAACCUGUUCUGAAAUCACAGGAGUAUCUGCAUAGUAAGAACUACAUCCAUGGUCAUGUCAAGGCUCGAAGCGUCUUGGUUGGUCGGGAUCUGUCGGUCAAGCUGUGGGGUUUGGGUCCGGCAUAUCGCAGAAAAACGAGUGCAGCCUCUAUGGAUGUAGAAGAUAUAGAAAUGAGAAAAUGGCAAGCUCCAGAAGCAUUAGCACAGCAACCUCUCCAGCAAAGCAGCGACAUAUGGUCCUUUGGCAUUUUGCUGUAUGAGAUGGUGACAUUAGGAGAGCCGCCCUUUCCCAACAUCAUGGCCAGCGAACUUCUGCAGCAUUUACAGAGAGUGAAUACACUAAAGAGACCACCCAACUGCUCUAAUACACUAUAUUCUAUUAUCAAAUCCUGCUGUCAGUGGAAACCAAAGGAUCGAGUCUCAUUGGCUGAGCUGAUCAGAAA